AUGGAUAACAGCCGUCAGCUAUUUCUUCGCAGAGAAUUUCUUAAUAGCUUUACGAUAAUCGACUCUAAUACUGAACCAGUCGCUAUUGAUACUCGAAUCUCCCCAAAUGCCAGUGUAGCACCUAUCAAAUUACGUUUCUUCAGUAACAGACCAUCUGCUAAGCCUUGUCAAAGUAAUAACAUCAUCUUAUUGAUGAUCAAUAGUGCUCCCAAAAAUUAUGAACGCAGAUCUUCCAUACGUGAGACUUGGGGUAAACCCGAUUUUAUCCGUAAUGCGUUCGGCAAUCAUGCAUGGCGAACUAUAUUCAUUAUCGGUGAUAGUUAUAGUAAAACACUUAACAAUAUUGUCGAUACAGAGGCAUUAAAAUAUGGUGAUAUCGUUUUAGCUGAUUUCGGUGAUAGUUUUCGUAAUUUAACCUACAAAACUGUUUUUGGCAUGGAAUGGGCGAACCUACAUUGCAAUACGGCCAAGUACUAUUAUAAAGGAGACGAUGAUGUGAUGUUAAAUCCGUCAACCUUAUUUCGAAAAUUGGCUUCAAAAGAAAGUAAAAAAUUAUUUAUAGGUCAUGUUAUGUCAAGUUGUCUUGUUAACCGGCAAGAAUAUAAUCGAUAUUACGUCAGUGAAAAAGAUCUACCUAUAUCAACCUAUCCUGAUUACUGUUCCGGUUUCUCCUAUGUCAUUUCUAUGGAUGUAGUACGUUCUAUGGUUACAGUAGUACCAAAGGUUCGAAAAAUACCGAUUGAUGAUGCUUAUGUCGGAAUGUUGGCUAAAGAAAUUAAACUAAAGCCUCGCGAUGAUCCGGGUUUUAGACCCUUUGGACCAAUACCGAAUGAAUUAUGUGAAUACAAUAAAGUUAUUGCUGUACAUGGUAUUCCAUCAUCUCUUCUAAAAUCAAUGGCGAUAAAAUCGCGGAAAGCAUUGCUAGGCUGUGUUUAA